CCUAAAUUGCACAGUCCCGUGACUACGGGAAACGGUACCGUGCAAAUGGAGGCCGUACCGCGGAUGCCGAUGGUUAGCUUCGAGCUGAAAACAAGCCCGGAGCAAACAAAUUUCGGUACCCUCAAGCAGUACAUUGCGGAAUACUACCAAGAAGAUCCUGCCUCGUACACCAAAGAAUGCUAUCAGCUGGAACAACUACGUGGAAACGCCGUCCGUCCGACCAGGGAUGUCGAGGGAACGGCCACCAUCCGGCGCUACUACUGUCAGUUGCACUCGAUCCAGAACCGCUUUCUUUUGGGAGGUCUGAGUGAAAGCCAGCAGAUGCUGACAUUUCACUGGAAAGACCUCUACUCGGGGGCAACGCUGUCUAAGACGAACUUGAAGUACGAAAUGGCUGUGGUACUGCAUAAUUUCGCUGCCCUUCACACCCAACUCGGUGCCGCCGAAAGCCGAUCCGAUCCGGAGAGUAUGAAGAAAGCCUGUACACACUUCCAGUGUGCUGCCUGGGCGUUUGGGUACGUGAAGGAUAACUAUGCGCUGCUGCUGCAGGGCGAUUUGUCCACCGAGCUGCUGAUUUACAUGCAAGCUCUCUGCCUCGCCCAAGCCCAAGAGUGCAUCAUGGAGAAGAGCUUGUGCGACAAUCGGAAGUCGGGCAUAAUCGCCAAGGUGACGGCACAGAUCAUAAGCUACUACAACUCGGCACUAGCUGCUUUGCUCACGCAGAGCGGCGAUGACGGGCGUAUCCAGGACCUUGUUGGUAGCAAGCAGUUCAAGGAGUGGCGCCGGUAUGUGCGCUUCAAGAUCUCCUACUUGUCCUGCAUCCUGCUACUCUAUCAGGGUCAACAGUCGGAGGAGCAGCAAAAAAUGGGCGAACGAGUAGCGCUGUACCAAGCCUCAUUCGACAAGCUGGAGGAAGCACGCAAAGAGUCAAAGGGGCUGGCGCACAUCGAGCAAGUGAACGACGCGCUGCAGUUCACGAUGGACGUGGUGGAGGCGAAGCGCAAGUCGGCCAAGAACGAAAAUGAAUUCAUCUACCACGAAGAGGUGCCGGAGCUGAGUGCGAUCUCGGCUGUGCAAGGAGCUAACCUGGUGAAUGGGAUCGCAUUCAACGUCACCGAUUCGGAGGCCAUGGGAGAAGACAUAUUUCACCGCCUUGUGCCAAUGAAGGCGCACGAGAGUAGUUCCCUUUACAGCGAGGAGAAGGCAUCCCUCCUGCGUACCAUCGGGACGAAGGUGGAAGAUAAGGAUACUGAACUUGAAACGUUCAUGAGUUCACUUAAUUUGGACGCGAUUGGACAGAAUCCGACCGCCACCAAUGAUACCCGCCUGCCGCAGGGUUUAGUUGAUCGGUGCGCUGAGCUGCAAGCGAAACCAAACGCAAUACCCGAUCUAGUGCAGUCCAUGAGCACCUUAGCAGACACGUGCUCCGACGUGGAACUUACGCUGAAAGAAAUCAAGAAUUUGUUGCGGCAGGACGAAAAACAGGAGGAACACUAUCAGGCGAAAAUAGGCCAACGUUCGAACGGUGGUGCUCACAUCGUGGAGCUCGGCCGGGAGCUGGCAAAGUAUCAGGAGGCCCACAACAAGGCCGGUGAAAGCAAUGACACCCUACGAAAGGCCAUGGGAUUGCAUGUGCAUAAUUUGAAGAUCCUCUCGCAACCCCUGCCGGACAUUAAGGCGCAAAUUCCGGUCAGCAACGAGCAAUUCGAUGAGCCCACGUUCAAGGAACUGCAUGCCAUUUUGUCGAAGGUUAACGAAAUGAAAGGGCAGCGAAGCAAGCUGUACCAGGAGCUGCGGCACAACAUCACCGAGGACGACAUCACGUCCCAACUGAUUGCGCUCGAGAGCGGCUCGAAUCAGAAGGCGAAAAUGGACGAACUGUUUCGCAAGGAACUAUCGAAGCACGACCAGCUGGUGGGAGUAUUAGAGCAAAACAUGAAAGCUCAGGCCAACAUCCUGAAGGCCCUCACCGACGUGUACGCACGGUGUGCCCCUGCGCUGAAGAGUUUCACCGAUGCGAAAUCCCGUCGCGAUCAAUUUUUCUCCUCCCUGCAAGCGUCUUUCGAUGUGUACGAGGACCUGCUGUCCAAAAGCGCUAAAGGGUUGGAGUUCUACCGCAAACUCCAAAGCAACGUGCAGAAAUUGUACUCACGUGUGAAGGCAGCAUGCGAUGUACAGGAAGAGGAACGCAAUCAGAAGCUGAAAUCGAGCAACAUGUCAAAACGAGCGAGUGAAUCCCCCUCAAUCAACACGUUAGGAAUGGAUGUUUCCGGAAACCCAACAGCUUCCUUCGCGAGUGGAACAGGUGGAAGCAGUACUGGACGAGGGAGUGGUGGUCCGAAGCUGAAGGACUAUCUUAAGGCGGGUACCAUCAGCUUGGGAUCGAUCAAAGCGGCCGGUGUUGAUAAGGGUAUGACGAACCAUUUACCCUCCGUUCGACCGACACCCGUUGGAUCGGAAAGUACAGCUCCGAUGGGUGGUGGAGGUGGAAGUGGCGUUGGUCAAACUGGAGGUUACUAUCAAGAUUCGUAUGGAUCUUACUCCAAUUAUCAUCAGCAACAGCAGCAUCAACUGCAGUACGGUGGAACGAAUCUGACAAACGUUGCCCCUGGUUACGAUUAUUCACAGUACACUCCGCAAACACCACAGCAAACUCAGCAACACCAACCACAGUCCCAACCACAACCUACUUCGACAGGCUACACAAAUCCCAUGUAUCAAACCAACAACAACAACACCAACAACAGUUACUACUAUAAUCAAUCACCACAGCAACAACCGCAGCAGCAGAUCCAACAGCAUAAUCCAACCAAUAACAUCGGUGGCUAUGACUAUGGACAAUAUGGACAGACGGCGGCUCCGACCCAGCAAGCUUCGCCUGCUCCUUCGACAGCCUCCUCCUCGACGGAUGCGGGACAAACGCAGGCAGCCUGGUCACAACUGAAUCAGCAGUUUGGUAUCAUGAAUCUCCAACAGAAUACCGGGGAAUACUACAUGCCUGCUUCGGCUAGUAGCUCCAUCGGGAAUUAUACCGUCGCCAGUGUAAGUGAUUCUUCAAUCCAGUCCUACCCAAGUGUACAAGGACAGAUUCCGGGAUACCAAGCGGCCACUGGAAGUCAACAGCAGCAGCAGCAAUAUCCUGUAUCUUCUGUAACUGGAACCUAUUCCCAGUAUCCGGCAUCGUCUAGUGAAUCCAUGGGAUCAGUCUCGUCGGUGCAGGAUAUGAGUGCGUACGGAAACUACCCCCAAACCCAACCGCAACACCAGCAGCAGCCUUCACAGCAGCAACAGCAACCUCCUCCCACACAGCAGCAGCAGCAGCAAGCUCCUCCCACCCAGCAUUACCAACAAGGGCCUUAUCAAACAGAGCAGACCGCAUCCUAUGGAUCUCAUCCGGGAUAUUCCUAUAAUUCAAGCACCGGAGCUUAUGAUUACGCGAGUGGCUUUCAGUACGAUUCAUCCGGAGCUGGAGCUGUGUCGUAUCAAAAUCAGUACGUAGCGAAUCCACAGGUCGGAAAUACGUCACAAUCAACGUAUUCCGCAUCCAACCAAACAUCCACUUCGGUCGAUUCCACCGCUUCGCAACAGUACCAACUGUCGACCGGUAGUUAUCAACCGGCUGGUGCGGGAUACCCGUCAGUUUCCGGCACUACGCCGACUGCCGUAUCCUAUGCGCAGGAACAACAACCGAAUACGUCCUAUUAUGCUAAUCAUGCAGGAGCUCCGGUAAACACUUCAACCCCCGGGUAUUACCACCAAUCGUCUACGUACUCCACCAUACAGUCCAACCAGUAUUUACACCAGUCCCAAGGUGAGCAGACGAUUCAACCGCAAGCGACCCCCAAUGGAAAUUCCGAUCAGGCGGCACACGUGGCGCACUACUCCCAUCACACGAAUUCGUACGUCGAUAGUACCGGUUCGCAGCAGCAACAACCGCAGUACUCGCACCAGACACCGGCCACGGCGAGCACCACCACGACCGCUUCAUCCCAGCAGCAUCAGUCGGUGGUUAGUCCACAGGUGCACGUACCCCAGGCCACCACUGUUCCACAAUCCAAAAACGUUGAUCUUCUCUCGGGCAUAGACUUUUCUCCAGCGAUCGUUCCGCCGAUCAGUGUACCGAUCCUCCAGCCACAACCUUCCACCUCGUCCAUUGCUGGCAGCUUGGUAGAUGGAACUGAAACCAACCAUAGCGUAAUCCUCACGCCAACGAAGGCCAACAGCGAGAGUCUGGUGGAGAAGGCGAAGGAACAAGUAAUGUCAGCGACUCCAUCCGCUGCUACCAUCGGCGACCGGAAACCGAGCCUCGACAAUCUCUCACUCUGUUCGGACAUGAGCUCUAGCUUCGACUGGGAAAGUGCGUCGGUUUGUGGAGCUACGGCCACCGUCUCGGGAAUGGUCACGAACACCCUUCCCUCCAACUCCUCACUCGACAAUGUUUUCCUGCGACCGGCCAAACCGGACCCAUUCGACGAUGCCGCGACCGUGAAAUGGUUCCACAAGGAGGUGGAGCGGUUGGAGAAGUUUGUCGAAACGAUUAACAUCAAAACGCUGAACGGGACGACACCGCUGGACAGCAAGUGGAAGGAACUGCAAGAUCUGCUCGUGAAGGAGGAGUCUAAAAGACAAGUUAACGUGGCUCGUCUCUUCCCGGAGAAAAACCGUUCGAUCGACUGCGUGCCAUAUGAUCACGCUCGGGUGCAGCUGUCCACCGAUACAGACAAUUACAUCAAUGCGGUUUACGUGAAGUUCAAAAAGGACCAAAAAUUGGACCUCGGUUUUGGCUGCCCACACUUUAUUUUGGCGCAAACGCCGUUGCCCAAUACGGUAAACGACUUCUGGAACAUGGCUUGGUCUCAGAAAUCCAACGUGAUCAUAUGUUUGCAUACCGCCAACGAGCUACUGGACCCCUUUUGGCCGACGGAAACGGGCAAAGAGCUCAGCUAUGGUGAUGUGUCUGUGAUGCUGGAAAAACAGUUCGAUCUAACCCACUGCACGGAGCGGACGCUGCGUAUCAGCAUGCUCGGUUCUGAUUAUUCGCAGUCAGUAGCGCUGCUGCAACCGAAGCUCUGGCCGAAAAAUUCACCCGAACAGGUGCUGGGGGUGGCACAGAAUCUGAUCGAUGCGUACCGUCAGUACAAUCACGAGCAGAAACAACAACAGUUGCGCCCACUGGUGCUGAACUGCCUGAAUGGAACCGAUCGGUCAAGCUUGAUCACGGUUGCCAUCACCACGAUUUUGGCCACACAAACGCGGAAACCCUUGCUGAUCAAUGUGAUCGACAUUUGGUACCGGAUCUGUUGCCAGCGGAAGGGUGCUUUGCGCGACCCAAACUACAUUCAACUUUCCUAUCAGAUAGUGCUAAACAAUGGGCAUAGCAUCCUGAACAAACGUGGCAUAUUAACGUCGUAUCAGAUGAAAUCGGCCCAGGCGGCCAGUAACGCCGUGCAGGAGGAAGCCAACAAUGAUCCCUUCAAAGAUCUUGAUCCGUUGUGGAAAUUAAAAUGACACAGCGAACGAUCGACAACGACAAGCGACGGUGGCCGGAUAUAGUUGCAUUGUAUCAAUAAUCUUUAUUAUUUUAAAAUACUAGGAUCAGCUUUCGACUUACUGCGAUAUUCAUGUUAAGUUAAUUGAUCG